UUCAUUUACUUGUGUUGAACGUAGAGAUGAAAAUACUUCGUGGUCGACUCAUCACAGCACAAAAUUGGGCAUUUCUGACUAGAUUCUGUUUCCUAACUGAACAUGGGAUGUUCAAAUAUAAUUUCAUUAUUGGCGGAAGUCAAAAUGAAGAGUCAAUGCUGAACUUGUUGCUUUACUACGAUGCUCCGAAUCAGUGGCCCAGUGUUUAUCCAUCAAAUAAAUCUUGCGAAGAGAAACAGUCAAUCCUUAAAGCUGAUUAUGGACAGAUUGUACCACUCUCGGCUAAUGUAGAAACUUCAAGUAUAUCCGGCUGUAGCAAAACUAAUGACUCGUGGAGUAAAGCUCAAUGCACUAGUUAUCGCUUGUUCAAGUCUGCCAGGCCGAGAUGGUGGUUUAUUGCUCUCGCUGACUGCUCUUCACAGAAUGGGCUCAAUGUCACUUUCGAUCUUUCCCUGACUAAUGGCUCACCAGGUAGUUUCUGGAGGGAACAUUUCUCAGCUGAUGAGUUUUAUAUUUUGCCAAUUUUGAUAGCAGCCGGCUCCAUUUAUAUUAUUUUGCUGUGUCUCAGUAUCUACAUCGCAGUACAACUUCGGCAGCGACGUUUACUUCACGUAACAUAUCGUCUGUAUAUUGCUUCAAUCGUUUUCCAAUUGGCUGGACUUUGUUGUGAGAUUUAUAGCUAUUCUCAUCAGGGCAUCACUGGUUUCGACGCACAUCAGGCAUUACUAAUGGGUAGACUUUACGAAUCCGGAGCGGAAACUGAUUUCACUCUACUUCUUCUUCUCCUCGCUCUUGGUUACACCGUUACUAAAAGUUCAUUAACAAGGAAAGAGACCCAAUACCUUUUUUCACUUGUUGGGAUUCUUAUUGUAUUGCAACUUACUCUUUUUAUAUAUCAAUCUGCCAUUUUUGAUCCUGGAUUAGUGCUCUAUAUUUAUGAGUCACCACCUGGACUGGCUCUCUUAGCAUUGAGGAUUUUCGUAUGGGGCAUAUUUGUAUUAUGUUGUUGGAGAACGAGCAGGAAAUCAACAACUAAAUUUCGUUUCUACGCUUCGUUACUCGUAUUGGGAUCUGUCUGGUUUCUCUGCCACCCUUUAACGGUUUUGGUCAUCACAUUCAUAGUAGACAAAUGGAUUCGAGAAUCUGUUGUGAAAGGCUGUUCUGUCUGGAUUAUGUUUCUUGGCCAUGUAGUGUUUUUUCUGAUUACUCGACCAGCGUCUUCCAAUGAACGUUUUCCAUUUCAUAUACGGACAUUUCAAGUAGGCCCGGUCUACGUGGGAGGAAAUCAUAACUACGAGCCACGAAGAGGAGCAACUGCCACCACCGUGUUUACUGUCCCGUGUAGAAAUAUGAAUGAAAAUAUCCAUCAGAAUGAGAAUCUUACAAUAUAUUCUGUUGGCCAUCAUUAACUAGUGCGUAUCUUCUGUUCUUUGCCAAUAUUAAAAAGAUGUUGGCAGUGCCUUUUCAAUGAGCAUCAUUAGAUGAAAUUAUGAGUGUAAUACGUUAUGGAAGUUUUGCCCCGGUUAGUAAAAAUUCUAGAAUUUUGAG